AGGAGGGCGCCAGCUUCAGCGAGCCCGGGAGCGCAGCCAGGGCGGAGACGGAAUUCGCCCCUGCGCCGCCCCGGGUUCCCAGCCGGCUGAGGGGAAAGCGUCUCCCUGAGCCAGGAAGGAACCGAAGAAAGGCGAGCCGGCGGGACAAUCCCCGCCUUGGCUGGCAGGAGGAAGAGGAGGCGACUACGACGACGACGAUGAUGAUGAUGGAGGAGGAAGGCCGGCGCCGCUUCCCUCACCUUCGCCGGGCUCCCAAGUAGCCGCGCCUGGUUCUUGAUAAAGCAGCGCCGUCCCUCUCUCUCUCUCCGCCCUCCGCGGGCCUCCUUCGGAAGCAUGAGCGGGCAGCCCAGGAGCCGUCGCCGACGACGCCGACGCCCUCGGCCGCCUUCUUCGGCUCCUGAGUCUCCGCCGCCGCCGCCGCGCCGCCGCCGGUGAGAGCCGGCCGAGCGAGCGAGCGAAAGGGGGUGGAAAAGAUGGGCGCCGUCCUGCGGAGCCUCCUGGUCUGCGGCUUGUGCGCUUUGGCGAGAGCAUCUCCACUGUUGCUUUAUGCAAAUCGGCGUGAUCUUCGGCUGGUGGAUGCUGCGGACGUGACUGAGAAUGCUACGAUUGUGGUGGGUGGCUUGGAAGAUGCUGCUGCGCUGGACUUUGUCUUCAUCCAUGGUUUGAUAUAUUGGAGCGACGUCAGCGAAGAAGCCAUUAAAUGCACAAAAUUCAACCAAUCCGGAAGUGUGCAAAACAUUGUCAUUUCUGGGCUCUUGUCACCUGAUGGGCUAGCUUGUGAUUGGCUGGGUGAAAAACUGUACUGGACGGAUUCUGAAACGAACCGGAUCGAAGUUUCCAAUUUGGAUGGAUCUUUGCGAAAGGUUUUAUUCUGGCAAGAACUGGAUCAACCCAGAGCGAUUGCAUUAGAUCCUGUACGAGGGUUCAUGUAUUGGACGGACUGGGGAGAAAUGCCAAAGAUAGAACGGGCUGGCAUGGAUGGUUCAAGCCGUUCAGUUAUCAUCAAUGCAGAUAUUUAUUGGCCAAAUGGAUUAACCUUGGAUUAUGAAGAACAGAAGCUGUAUUGGGCAGAUGCCAAAUUGAACUUCAUUCACAGAUCAAAUCUGGACGGGACACAUAGGCAAGCUGUGAUUAAAGGAUCCCUGCCACAUCCAUUUGCUCUGACAUUAUUUGGUGACACCCUAUAUUGGACAGAUUGGACGACUCGCUCCAUCCUGGCCUGCAACAAAUACACUGGACAGAACCUCCGUGAAAUACAUUCCAAUAUCUUUUCUCCCAUGGAUAUCCAUGUCUUCAGCCAACAGCGGCAGCCCAGUGCUCCAAACCCAUGCAGGAAUAAUAAUGGUGGCUGUUCCCAUCUGUGUUUGAUGUCUCCCAUCAAGCCCUUUUAUCGGUGUGCCUGUCCCACAGGUGUGAAACUCCUUGAGAAUAAGAAGACUUGCAAAGAUGGAGCGAUGGAGUUGCUACUGCUGGCCCGAAGGACGGAUUUGAGGCGGAUCUCUUUGGACACUCCGGAUUUCACAGAUAUUGUGCUGCAGUUGGAAGACAUUCGUCACGCCAUUGCCAUUGACUAUGACCCCGUGGAAGGGUACAUUUAUUGGACAGAUGAUGAAGUGAGAGCCAUCAGGCGUUCGUUCCUCGAUGGCUCAGAUAGCCAGUUUGUUGUACAGGCACAAAUUGCACACCCUGAUGGCAUUGCUGUAGAUUGGGUGGCCCGAAAUCUUUACUGGACGGAUACGGGGACAGACCGCAUUGAAAUCACGAGGCUUAAUGGGACUAUGAGGAAGAUCUUGAUCUCAGAAGACCUGGAAGAGCCAAGAGCUAUAGUUUUGAAUCCUAUGAUGGGCUACAUGUACUGGACCGACUGGGGAGAGAUUCCAAAGAUUGAGCGGGCUGCUUUAGAUGGUUCUGACCGAGUUGUACUGGUAAAUACCUCACUUGGUUGGCCCAAUGGAUUGGCACUGGAUUACGUUGAAAACCUGAUAUACUGGGGAGAUGCCAAAACAGACAAAAUUGAGGUCAUGAAAAUAGAUGGAACCAGCAGAAGAGUCCUUGUGGAAGACAAGCUGCCCCACAUCUUUGGUUUCACUCUGCUGGGGGACUAUAUUUAUUGGACAGACUGGCAAAGAAGGAGUAUUGAGCGGGUUCAUAAGCGGACAGCAGAAAGGGAGAUCAUAAUUGACCAGUUGCCUGAUCUCAUGGGCCUCAAGGCUACCAACGUCCACAAGAUCUUGGGUACAAAUCCUUGCGCAGAAUCCAAUGGGGGAUGCAGCCACCUCUGCUUGUAUAGGCCUCAAGGAUUGCGCUGCGCCUGCCCCAUCGGCCUGGAACUCCUGAAUGACAUGAAGACCUGCAUUGUCCCAGAAGCCUUCCUGCUGUUUUCCCGUAGAGCGGAUAUCAGGCGAAUCUCUCUCGAGACAAACAACAAUAAUGUUGCUAUUCCAUUAACAGGAGUCAAGGAAGCCUCUGCCCUGGAUUUUGAUGUGACUGACAAUCGUAUAUAUUGGACAGACAUCUCGUUGAAGACCAUCAGUAGAGCUUUCAUGAACGGAAGUGCCUUGGAACACGUGGUUGAGUUUGGAUUGGAUUAUCCAGAAGGCAUGGCUGUGGAUUGGUUAGGGAAGAAUCUCUACUGGGCAGAUACGGGAACAAAUCGUAUCGAAGUGUCAAAAUUGGAUGGGCAACAUCGCCAAGUUCUGGUCUGGAAGGAUCUUGACAGCCCUCGGGCGCUGGCUCUGGAUCCUGCUGAAGGGUUUAUGUACUGGACCGAAUGGGGUGGGAAACCCAAGAUUGACCGAGCAGCCAUGGAUGGUAGUGAACGUUGUACUUUAGUGCCAAAUGUGGGGCGAGCAAAUGGUCUGACAAUCGAUUACGUCAAAAGAAGAUUGUAUUGGACUGACUUGGAUACCAAUUUGAUCGAAUCUUCAAAUAUGCUGGGCCUCGACCGUGAAGUUAUAGCCGAUGAUUUACCGCAUCCCUUUGGCCUGACUCAAUACCAGGAUUACAUCUACUGGACAGACUGGAGCCGACGUAGCAUCGAACGUGCCAACAAGACCAGCGGACAGAAUCGGACCAUCAUCCAAAACCACCUGGAUUACGUGAUGGACAUCCUAGUCUUCCAUUCAUCCCGGCAAGCUGGCUGGAAUGAGUGCGCUUCCAGCAACGGGCACUGCUCCCACCUCUGUCUGGCAGUGCCCGUAGGUGGCUUUGUCUGUGGAUGUCCUGCUCAUUAUUCCUUGAACCCCGACAACAGAACAUGUAGUGCCCCUACAAGUUUCUUGCUCUUCAGUCAGAAGAAUGCAAUCAAUCGUAUGGUGAUCGAUGGGUUGAAGAGCCCAGAGAUCAUCCUUCCGAUACACAGCCUCAGAAAUGUUCGGGCAAUCGACUAUGAUCCCCUGGAGAAGCAGCUUUACUGGAUCGACUCUCGCCAAAACAUUAUCAGACGGUCACAAGAAGAUGGCAGUCAGAGUUCUACCAUUGUGAUGAGUCCCGUCCCCAACCAAAAUCUAGAUAUCCAGCCAUAUGAUCUGAGUAUUGAUAUUUACAGCCGUUACAUUUACUGGACUUGUGAAGCCACAAACGUCAUCAAUGUCACGCGGCUGGAUGGACGGUUGAUGGGCGUGGUGUUGAAAAACGAACAGGAUCGGCCCAGAGCUAUCGUUGUGAAUCCAGAGAAGGGGUACAUGUAUUUCACCAACUUCCAAGAAAGAUCUCCCCCUAAAAUUGAAAGGGCGGCAUUAGACGGAACUGAACGGGAGGUCCUCUUUUCCAGCGGGCUCAGUAAACCCGUUGCCUUGGCCGUCGAUAACAAUUUGGGGAAGUUAUUCUGGGCAGACUCCGACCUGCGGAGAAUCGAGAGCAGCGAUCUGUCUGGUGCAAAUCGGAUAGUAUUAGAAGAUUCCAACAUACUGCAGCCUAUAGGCCUGACCGUAUUUGAAAAAUGGCUUUACUGGAUUGAUCGUCAUCAACAGAUGAUUGAGAAAAUUGACGUGACUCGCCAAGAGGGACGUACAAAGGUUCAGGCUCGAAUUGCUCAGCUGAGUGACAUCCAUGCCGUUAAAGAACUCAACAUGCAGGAAUACCGACAGCACCCCUGCUCCCAAGAUAACGGUGGCUGUUCUCACAUCUGCAUUAUAAAAAACGAUGGAACUACACGUUGCUCCUGUCCCAUGCAUCUAGUCCUUCUUGAAGAUGAACUUUCCUGCGGAGAGCCUCCAACUUGCUCCCCGCAACAGUUCACGUGUUACACAGGAGAGAUUGACUGCAUCCCUGUGUCCUGGCGUUGUGAUGGGUUCACGGAGUGUGAAGAUGCCAGUGAUGAGAAGAACUGCCCCUUGUGCUCCGAUUCCCAGUUCCAGUGUGAGAGCGGGCAGUGCAUUGAUGCCGCCCUGCAGUGCAACGGAGAACCAAAUUGUCAGGAUAACUCAGACGAAAAGAAAUGCAAAGUGCUUUGUUUAACUGACCAGUUCCGGUGUGCGAGUGGUCAGUGCAUUGGGAAAAACAAGAAAUGUGAUCACAGCCUAGAUUGUAAUGACAAUUCAGACGAACAGGGCUGCUACACAACCGAAGAACCAGCCCCACCUGCCACCAACACAAUUGGCUCCAUCAUCGGUGUGAUCCUUACAGUUUUUGUCGUUGGUGCGAUGUACUUCGUUUGUCAGAGAGUGCUGUGCCCACGCAUGAAAGGAGAUGGAGAAACAAUGACCAAUGACUACGUUGUCCAUGGACCGUCUUCUGUGCCUCUGGGUUAUGUGCCUCACCCAAGCUCCCUUUCUGGAUCUCUUCCAGGUCAGAUUUAUACAGGAAUGUCCCGCGGUAAAUCUGUGAUCAGUUCACUUAGCAUCAUGGCAGGAAGCAGCGGCCCACCUUAUGACAGAGCUCACGUCACUGGGGCGUCCUCCAGCAGCUCCUCCAGCAUCAAAGGAACCUACUUCCCUCCAAUUUUGAACCCUCCUCCAUCACCAGCAACAGAGGACUCCCGCUACACAAUGGAAUUUGGUUAUUCGUCCAACAGCCCUUCUACACACAGGUCGUACAGCUACAGGCCGUACAGCUACCGCCAUUUUGCACCUCCCACAACCCCGUGCAGCACCGACGUUUGUGACAGUGACUACGCACCCAGCCGUCGGGUGAUGACCGUGGGGGGCAAAGGCUAUGCCAGCGACCUCAACUACGAUUCUGAGCCCACGCCACCGCCACCGACCCCACGCAGCCAGUACUUGUCCGCAGAGGAGAACUAUGAGAGCUGCCCGCCCUCCCCGUACACAGAGCGGAGCUACACACACCACCUCUACCCGCCGCCCCCUUCUCCUUGCACCGAUUCCUCAUGAGGGAAGCCCCCCACCUCAACUGCGUCCAGCUCAGCUGUGUAAAUAGUGUUGCUUGGGAGCAGACUCUCCUGUGUACAGUUAAAAAGUUUGACCUGGGGGAAGUUGCCUUUUGUAGAAUGGGGGAGAGGGAGGGAGCAAAGAGGUUAUUUAUAUAUUUUUCUUAAAACAGAAAUUGCUGCUUUGUGACAUAAGAAAAUUUUUUUUAAAAAAGUUUGUAUACAAAGUUUUUUUUAAUUAUUAUUUUUCCAAAUGGAACACAAGAAGAUGCCUUAAAUCCGUGAAGGGACUGAGCAUGUAAGGAAACGGAAGGACCCGGAGAUGUUGCUGUUCAAUGAGCCAAAUAUCAAAAAAGAAGACAAAAAAAGGAGGAAGUGGCUUUUAAAAAAAAAAAAAAAAAAGAGGAAGGCAAAAACAAGGAAAAGAGUAAAAGGACAGAAACCACAAAGCAGCAUUUAAAAAAUACCUGCAAAGAGCUGAGUAACUUAAUGUUUUUUUUACUCUGACGGGAGCAAUUAAAUUAAACUUGAAGAAAACUGUUGAGGCAGAUCGGUACACCAAGGACUUUGUUUCCUACAAAAAAUGGAGCUGUCGGCGCACUCAAAACAGUCAUGCUCACCCACACUUCUGAACAUGUCCUGGAAUUCCCGCCACUGAAAUUGUCCCAGGUGUUCUACUACACUACCAGCUCUUUGUCGCUAUUUUGAAGUUCCAUCAUAGUGUUGCAGGUGGUUUUGUCCAAAGCUGUAGAAAUGUCUUGUAGUUGAAUCCAAAGUGGACAAAGAUACUUGAGACCUGGAAUGGGGGGCACCUCCGCUACCUGCUAGCAAUUUCUUCAAGAAGCAGCGCCUUUUCCUGGACUGAGGGAGCAGCCACCGAGUCCCAAGAAAACACAGAUUUGAAUUAAGGAGCCUUGGCAACAAUUGACUCAGCCAUGUGUUUCCCUGAGCCUGUGGGGACCCCUUAAAAGCCAGUGGUGAAAUCCAUUUUUUUUUUUACUACCGGUUCUGUGGGCGUGGCUUGGUGGGCAUGGCAGGGGAAGGAUAUUGCAAAAUCUCCAUUCCCACCCUACUCCAGAGGAAGGAUACUGCAAAAUCUCUAUUCCCACCCCACUCCAGGAGAAGGAUCCUGCAAAAUCUCCAUUCCCACUCCAGAGGAAGGAUGCUGCAAAAUCUCCAUUCCCACCCCACUCCAGAGGAAGGAUACUGCAAAAUCUCAAUUCCCACCCCACUCCAGAGGAAGGAUGUUGCAAAAUCUCCAUUCCCACCCCACUCCAGGAGAAGGAUCCUGCAAAAUCUCCAUUCCCACUCCAGAGGAAGGAUGUUGCAAAAUCUCCAUUCCCACCCCACUCCAGGGGAAGGAUCCUGCAAAAUCUCCAUUCCCACUCCAGAGGAAGGAUGCUGCAAAAUCUCCAUUCCCACCCUACUCCAGGGGAAGGAUACUGCAAAAUCCCCAUUCCCUCCAGCUGCGCUAGGCCGUGCGCAACCCCGUUCCUGGCACAAGAUACAACCUUUUGCAAGAUUGGAAAAGUCAUCCAUUUCAAUGAGGGGGGGAGUUAGCAUCUUCCCUUCUUCCAAAAAUUGAGGGAUUUUGCUUCUGUUGCUAACAGGAGAGGGAACAGACAUACCAUUGGGGUCUCUCCUUCUUCCUUACUUGCGUAGAGUCCCAGGGUCUGAGUCCUUGGUGAUCAGGCUCCUUGUGAGUGUGUGUGUGUCUCUGUGUGUGUGUGUGUGUGAGAGAGAGAGAGAGAGAGAGAGAGAAAUUAUGGGUGUAUGCAAGAAAUGAUUUUCAUUUCUUCCUGCCAGUACAAUCGGAUUAGUUCUCCUACCAUGUCAGUGAUGUUUUCAGACCCAAGACAAGGGUUAUUACCUCUGAAAAAACCUCCCAGCUUUUCAGUAGACUUCAGUGCCCCCAAAGAGGGGCCCUACUUUUUUUUUUAAAAUCACACAAAGAAUAAAACAUAGGUGGCAUAUUUAUGAAAGUGAACGUUGGAUUCUUAGUUUAAUGUAAAAGAGAAAAAAAAGAACAUACAGCCUUGCAAUUCAUUCAGUGAUUCUAUGUGCACUGAAUCGCCACAGGCAGCUUGUAUUUUAAACCAUGCUAAUUUUUUUUUUGUUUAUCAAGAAAAUUGCAAACACUUUUUUCCCCCAGUCUGGCUGCAUCCUUGAUUGGAAAUGCUGCUUCUCACUGGGGCAACAUCAAUCCCGCUGUAGCCAGAUUUUGCAGCAUGCGACAUCAACAUACUGCUUCCUGCUCUCUGGCAAAACUUUCAAUUCUUAAAGCCUGAAACACUGUGAAUGCCCGUUUUUUAACCUUCCUCUUUGUCAAAAUAUUUUCUCAGCUCUUGACGUUGUUGAUUUUUAAAAAUCUUGGUGAGAUAUAUAUAUAUAUAUAUAUAAAACGAAGAGAGGUUGCUCAGUUGUCUUCAUUAUAUGUUACUGAAAAAAAUGUGAGAAACUCUCCAAUGCUACCAGUUUUCAGCUUUUUUUUUUGAUAAAGCAGACAGGGAGCAGCUAAAAAACUUUUAUUAAGGAUGCUCUGAAUUGCAAACUUUGGGACUGAAGAUCACGCAGAGAUUUUAAAACGGUCCCUGGGAGAUAAGAUUGACCUCACUUUGUGCUGAUUGCUAACCGUUAUCGGAUUUUGGGACACAAGUUUUUAAACCCCUUCUGGAUUCAUAAAUGCAAAGUACUCUAACUAGGUAUGCUCUUUGUGAACCAGAAGUUGCCUCCGUUAGAGGCAAAGGAUUCCCAAGGUUUAUAUCCUGUUUGGAUGGCUCCAUGCAAAUGUCAUGAAACAGUAUCUUCUUUACAGGCUUGAUUUGCCAGUAAAUAGGCAAAUAAAUAGGUUUCCUCCUGUUCUCCAUAAUGUCAUGUUUCUCACAAUAACAGUUUCAUCCCAGCAGGGAAAUGUAAGCUGCAGAGCCAUGGAACGGAUCCAUUCCAAUACUAGAGAUAUUAAUAGGCUCAGACCUGAAUUGUUGGGUUCUUGAGGUUCUCAUCAGGUGCUAGGACAUAUCUUCAGUGGGCAGCCAAGCUCAGAACAAUGGUAAAUACAUCCUCAGACUUUUAAGAAAGGCAGGCAUCGAGAUGCACUGAAAAAGAGACCUACUAACCCUUUACAACAACCGUAAUGAAUUUGAUUAGUGUGAUCAUGUCAAAGGCUAUAAAAGUAGUAUACUUUUGCAGAUAAUGUGUUUUGAUGUGGCUGAGCGUACGUCUCCUUCCAUUUAUUCCACCUUUCCUUGGAAAUCUUCAAUACGCCACAAUUUUAGUCGCGCAUCAGAUGUCUGAUAGCUGCAGGUCCAUAGCAGAAGUGGUAUUCACUUACUUUCCCUACCAGUUUGCAAAUGUGAGCGCACGCGCGCUGUGCUUGCACGUGGCUUCAAAAUGUGCCUAAAUAGGAUGGCAUAGCGCCAGGGAGGGUAGGCAGGCCCACCCACGAUUUCCGUUACCAGUUUAGCUGAACUGGUCCAAACCGGCUGAAUACCACUAGCCGAACUGAUGCAAACCGGCUGAAUACCACCUCUGGUCCAUAGGCAAGGAAAGCUGUCUUAUUUCAACAUUUUCCACCUCCUCAUAUUCUCUCACAUUCUAAAAAGUGAUUAGUUUGCUUCGGCGAAGACAUAAAGCUAGGACAACUAGUUUUAGGAAGCUUUGUGGCUGGUUUUAAAAUGAUCUUUCUUAAAAUAAACCUCUGCCCCCCCAGGACACAUUUUUUGCAAAAAAACAACAACCCAAUAUUUAAUUUUUUUUAAAAAAACCUUUAAAUAAAAGUGACCUGUAAAAAUCCAUGAAAGCAUGCUAACAACAUUGCUAGUUUUUACUUAAGGGGUUUAAAUGUGUGAAAUACUUUUAAAAUAGGAAAGGAGUAAUCAAAACAGCUUGACCACUAAAGAAAUAUAUUCUUUAUAAAGGAAUUGAUUUUUUUUUUUUUUUGUAAGCGGAAUGUUUCAGCACAUGUUCCAAAUAUAGGCAGGUUAGGAAGUUCAAUUCCCAGUCAAAUCUAUUAAGAAAUACCUCAUAGGGAUUGUAAAGCGUGUUCUUAUUCGUUCAGUUUUGCGCUGAAUGAGGCUACAAAGGAGGGUUUGUAUUUUACAUUGAUAUAUUCGUUAAAAGGUACUGGUUCAUUUGAUCCCAGGGGCCACUUUUAUAUUGAAAAUAUUUUUCAACCAAGGCUAUCCACGGCAACCGCUGUAAAAAAAAAAAAUCCUAUUUUAACACCAAAGUUAAAACAAACUAGGAAAGGAAGAUUGACAGUAGCAGAGAAUGUCAAAGAAAAAUAAAAUAAAAGUGAAAGCUUUUAUACCAGACUUCUCCCUGACCCCAACCCCAAAUGAAAACGAAGUCUGGUGUUCCUGUUCAAUUGUGCCAUUUUUUUUAAAAAAGCCAAUCUGGGGGAAACAGUGAAGAAACUCUGAGCAAAGAGACUCCUAGGAGCUGAAGCAAGACUUGUCUCUUAAGUCAGGGUUGGGCAACUCUGGCCCCUAAACAACUUGUGGACUUCAACUCCCAGAAUUCCAGAGCAGAGCCAGCCAUGCUGGCUCAGGAAUUCUGGGAGUUGAAGUCCGUCGGUCGUAAAGGGGCUGUAGUUGCCCACCCUUGUUCUAUGUGAAGGAUCCUGUGCUGCUUUUUAACCGUUGAAUGUUCUUGCUUUGUUUUUGUAACUUUUAAACUUUGUCACUGUCUUGUUUUUUUUUUUUUUAACCCAAAUAAUACGUUCAUAAAUGUCUGUAUGACGGUGCUUUGCAAGGAUAUAUAAUGACGACCAACAUUUGGUCAGCCCAGUUCACUCGAAUUGCUAAAUGUUUGUACUGUAAAAUAAAGAAUGUUUUACUUGCAAGCUGUACAUAA